CUAGGACCUGGUAUAGUAAGCAAGCGUAGUACAUAUCUUAUACUAUGAUAGUAAGUUAGAUCAGCCGUUAAGAUUCCAGUUCCAGACCGUCUAGAAACUAUUGCUUGUAAGUUGCUAUAUUCUGUGGUCCAGGAACCAGAACUUACAAUAAAAAAUACAAAUUAAUUCCUACGUUUUGGUGACGUCGUAACAUACUUAGAACAUUAAAUAAUAUUUUGUUAAUAUAAAAGAAGAAUAUUGACAUUUGCACAUACCUAGAUGAAUUUACAUUGUUUACAUGUGAAAUGAAUUCAACUGAAAAAAUUCUAAAAACAUUGAGUACAGAUCAAAUUUCCCAAAUUGUUGCUGGUGUGCAAGCAGAUUUGGAUGAUGAAAUGGUCAAAACUAAAAGAACACUGGAUCAAAUUGAUCAAAAUAUUUUCACUUGUAUUAACAAUUUAAAAAGACUCAGAAGAAGCAUCAUAAUAUCACAUUACGCAAAAAUGAAAAAUAAUAUUGAUGGCAAUAAAAACUCUCAAAGGGAUGCCCUUCUCAAAAACUUAGAUUGUGAAGACGAAGCAAAAGAUUUAAGUGUAUUUAUGACAAAUUUGAGUAAUGUAUCAACUAAAGUAAAAACCGAACCUAUGAGCAACAUUGAACAACUAAGCAAAACCAUCUCACAAAAUGAUUUCCCUUCUGGAAGCUUUAUUCCUAAGACUGGAUUAAUUGAUCUAACAUUUGUUAUUGGAAAUAUUGUUAAAAUAAGUGAUUCUGAAAAUGAAAUGAAAUACAAAUGGACUGUUUAUGUACGCAAUGCAGAAGAAGGGGUUGACAAUUUGGUUUAUAUUGACAAAGUGACAUAUUUCUUACAUGAAUCCUAUGAACCCAACCAUAUUGUAGAUGUAAUUAAAAAACCAUUUUCAUUAACAAGACAUGGAUGGGGAGAAUUUGUUAUUCGUUUACGUUUGCACUUCAAAGGUAACAUGAAUGUUCAAACUGAUGUAUAUCAUAAACUGUGCCUGAAUAAGGACAUAACAGUCGGUAUCCCAAUGGUUGCUAAAGAACAAACUGUUAAGUACAAAUUAUUGCUGCACAAAUAAUAUGUUUUUUGAAUGUAUAUUUAGUAUAUUUUGUAAAUAUUGUGUACAUAGAUAUACGAUAACUAUGAAUUAUAAUGUAUUGAACCUUAAAAUUAUACUUUACUUUUAACUAUAAUUAUAUACAUAAAAAAUCUGAUACAAAACGAAAGCUUAUAAAUUAUUAUUUAUCUUUAAUUCCACAGUACUUCAGUUAGAAUUAACUGGGGCCUAAUAUAUUAAUUCUACAUUUAUUUCCUUCAUUUUUACUACCAAUACCGCCUAUAUUGUAUUUUCCCAAUCUAUAAAUUUACAAUAGUACUAAAUUAUACUCAAAGGUUAUUUUAACAAUAAAAAUAAUACAUAAGAUUAAAA